CAUGCCAAGGAGAGCUGCUCCAAUCAUCCUCCAAACCACCCAGGCGACAUCCAACUCCACCACCUCUGCCCACCAAUAGAGGGAUUCACUGUUUACCACUGCAAGUAGACCACGCAGGACUGACCAGUGGUGCUAACCAGAAUCCGUCGACAAUAUCAGGAAUGGCGUCUAUCGAAACAGGUUCCGCUAGGCCACCAACACUCAUAUAUGCACCCCAUUGCACA